AGGCAGCACAGACCAUGGCAGAGAAGGGCUGUCGGUACAGCAGGGCACGAUGGGGAGUGCCUCGGGCUCUGCAGAGAGAGCCAGCACAGACACAGACACAGCUGGCCUCAGCAGGGCUGGGGUGCUCCCCAUGAGCACAGUGGGGACUUCCCACACAAACCAGCAGAGAACAGCAGCAGCUGCUCCCCCAGUGCUGCAGUCCUCACCGUGAGGCCACUUUACAGCCCCUGCAGGCCAGGCCGAGAGGAGCUGGGCACAAAGCUGGCCACAGGCCCUUGCCACCAUCAGUGGCUACAGGCCAGGAAAGCGCUGUCCCUGCCCUGCAUCAGCACAGCCGUGGUCACCACGGGAAAGGAGCCUGGGAGAUAAGCAACAGAAGCCAGGGAAUGCUCCUUAUCCUGGCUGCUUCCCAGGGGGUGUUAAACAUUACUGCACUGCUCCUGUGUCAACCAACACUGUGUGGGACCAGCUGGAGUGCCCCAUAUCAGAGUGCAGCAUAAAUGUAUUGCAUGUGCUGCCUUUACCUAGGAAGUUGAUCAAGAAAAAGGGCCAGGCUUCAUGACUUUUCAGCUUGUAGCACAGUGACUUCCCUACCUACGUACAGGGUACUUAACAGCUCUGGAUGGAUGUUUUUACCUUUAAUUUGGCUGAUCACUUCCAAAAUGCAUCUAAACCUUUAUUACCUACCAGUAUCCUGGUGCAAGGAGCUGUCCAGUAUAAAAAAAAUCAACAAGACCAACAAUAUUAUGUAAAUGUGACCUUUUUUGUUUUCUGGGCAUGCUGACUUUCUGGUUUUACAUGAUGUCACUAAUUAGCAAGAGCAGAAAAAAGAGCUAUUAAGUAACUCCUUAUUCUUCACAACUACUGAAUCAGAUUGUCAGUUCCAAGUUAACGUUGCAUGAGAACCUUAGAUCUGAGCAAGCAAGUGGGUAAUCACCAAGGUGUAGCAGCUGGUAAGUGGCAACCACACGUUGCUAUAAUUUUUAUGCUUAUUUCCUACUGGAGCAAAUGAUCACCAUGCUCAAACCAUCACCGGGAGAACAGGAGAUGCUGUGGGCUCCAUGGGACAGUCACCACCGGCGCUGCCUUGCUGCGGCUGCCGUUCCCUCCCCGCGGGGCGGCCCCGGGCUGGCGGUGUGGGAGCUCCCGGGGGUUCUGCAGCGGAGACAGGCGCUGCCCUGCGGAGAGCAGCCGAGGGAGAGCCGCCGGCCGCGGAGGAGCGGAGCAGCGAAGUCACCUGGGGACAGGCGCAGUCCUCGCAGCGUCCUGGGCACAGCCAGGCCCGCAGGGAACCACCCAAACUGUGACGGCGCCAGGGCCUCCCCUGCAGCACCAAUUUCAGCGUGGCAGAAGGAGCCCUCAGAGAGCCGCUCAAGCGCCUCUCACACCACCAGGGCAGGCCGCGAUCAUCCCUGCGGGUCUGUGACAGCGCUGCCGCUCGCUCCCGGGCUGGGGCCGGCGCAGGCACAGCCGGGCUGGCUCUUCUCCCCGCGGGGCUCCAGGCUCGCUCCGUUCUGCAGCUCCCGGGACAGCCCCGCGGCCCGGGCGCCCACAGCGUCUCCAUGGCGCCCCCGGAAGCGGCGCCAUUGCUGGCGCGGGCGGAAGCGGAAGCGGCGCGGGGCGGGGCGGGGCGGGAUGGCGGCGGCGGUGCUGCUGCUGCUGCUGGCGGCGGCGGCAGGGCCCGGGCGGGCGGACGCGGGGCGGGAGCGGCGGGACGCGCUGCGGGAGGAGCUGCUGCUGAGCCCGCUGCCCACCGGCGAUGUGGCCGCCACCUUCCAGUUCCGCACGCGCUGGGACGCGGACCUGCAGCGGGGCGCAGUCUCUCACUACAGGCUCUUCCCGAAGGCGCUGGGGCGGCUGGUGGCAGCGCUGGGCGUGCGGGAGCUCCACCUCGCGCUCACCCAGGGCUUCUGGCGCACCCGCUACUGGGGGCAGCCGCCCCUCCAGGCACCCGCUGGCGCUGAGCUCUGGGUCUGGUUCCAGCCCACGGUCACCGAUGUUGACAAAGCCUGGAAAGAACUGAGUAACAUCCUUUCGGGAAUAUUCUGUGCUUCUCUCAACUUCAUUGACUCGACCAACACAGUGAUUCCAACAGCAUCCUUCAAACCCCUGGGUUUAGCCAAUGGGACGGAUCACCAUCUCCUGCGUUACGCUGUCCUGCCCCGGGAAGUCGUCUGCACAGAGAACCUCACCCCUUGGAAGAAGCUGCUGCCAUGUGGCUCAAAGGCUGGGCUCGCUGUGCUGCUGAAGGCUGAGCGCUUGUUCCACAGCAGCUACCACUCCCAGGCAGUGCACAUCCGCCCCAUCUGCAGGGAUGCCUCCUGCCUGGCUGUGUCUUGGGAGCUCAGACAGACCCUCACUGUGGUCUUUGACUUCUUUUCCAGUGGCCAAGGAAAGAAAGACUGGUCCCUCUUUAAGAUGUUCUCUCGCACACUGACUGACACAUGUCCUCUGGCAUCACAGAGCAAAGUCUACGUUGACAUUUCCCCUAAGAACAAGGAAAAGGAGCUCCUGGAAGUGUCCCCACCUCCAACAUCAGUACAUGAAGCUAUUGUCCAAGGAGAAAAGAAAACCUAUGCUGUCUAUGACCUGCUGAGCCCCUUGCUCUUCAACACAUCUCGCAGCCUCAAUGUGCAGCUGAAGUGGAAGCGGCCUCAAGACAGCUCGGAGAUGCCCAUUCCCACACUCCAUGCUCAGCGUUACGUGGCGGGGUACGGGCUGCAGACCGGCGAGAUCUGCACCCUCAUCUACAACACUCACCCCUACCGGGCCUUCCCCGUGAUCCUGCUGGAGACUGUGCCCUGGUACCUGCGGCUCUACGUGCACACCCUGACUAUCAUCACCAAAGGGAAGGAAAACAAGCCAAGUUACAUCCACUACCAGCCAGCCCAGGACCGGAGACGGCCUCACCUCUUGGAAAUGCUGAUCCAGCUGCCAGCCAACUCCGUCACCAAGAUCACAAUCCAGUUUGAGAGGGCCUUACUGAAGUGGACAGAGUACCCACCUGACCCCAAUCACGGCUUUUAUGUCGGUUCAUCUGUGCUGAGUGCCCUGGUGCCCAGUGUCACUGCAAUGAAGGACAUGGAUGUGGAGCAGAGCCCUCUCUUCGCCUCACUGUUUCCUUCCUCCGAUGGCUCCAGCUAUUUUGUGCGCCUGUACACGGAGCCACUGCUGGUGAACCUGCCAACACCAGACUUCAGCAUGCCCUACAACGUCAUCUGCCUCACCUGCACCGUGGUGGCUGUGUGCUACGGCUCCUUCUACAACCUGCUGACCAGAACGUUCCACGUGGAGGAGCCCAGCCGGGGCGGGCUGGCCAAGCGGCUGGCCAACGUCAUCCGAAAAUUCAGGGGGGUACCCCCACUCUGAGAGGAGCCAGGGCAGCCAGCACUGCCUGCUGGGCUCUGUGGGGAGACACACAGCAGAGCGCUGCUGCCUCGUGUCUUGCUGGAAGCAGCUUGUUCUGUUUUGCUGCUGGGAACUCUCUUUGGGAUCCAAUAAGCUGAGAGAUCACUUCCAUUGCUGAGAUGGGAAAUGGCUCUAAGCCCAUUGACUACUGAACUGCACUGCUGUGGGACUGGGAAAAGUCUUCUGUUUGGGAGAGGUGUAACUGACAUGCUGGGAAUGGUGCUGGAAGUAAACUGGAGUGUUUUGUA